AAGUCAGUGGUUUGAAGACCGAAGUGUACAAAACAGCAGCAAUUCUGAUUUUGUGUUUGGAGAAAACAUGGUUGAGAGAGUUUUGACACCACAGCGAUUACUGAAGUCACAGGCCAUCCUACGUGCUAUUUUUGUGGUCCUGAAAAUACUCCCUGUUCACAAAGGAUUUCCUUUUUUUUUUCCCCCUACAGAAACAGCUUUGUUGAGGAAUGCAACACUAACUGAAUCAGCAGCUGCUUGUAUUUCCAAGCCAGUGGAGAAAAUUCUGUUAGAUAAAGUUGAAGUUAUAACUGGAGAAGAAGCAGAACACAAUGUAUUACAGAUCAGCUGCAAGCUCUUUGUAUUUAAUAAGUUUUCUCUAACCUGGACUGAAAGAGGGAGAGGAUCCCUGAGGCUUAAUGAUACUUCUAGCAAUAAAUGUGGAAUGUUGCAGUCAAGGCUAAUUAUGCGAAAUCAAGGCAGCUUGAGACUGAUUCUCAACACCCGACUGUGGGAUCAAAUGGUUAUAAAAAGAGCAAACAGAAAGAGCCUGUGCUUCACUGCAACAGACCAAGGGGACCACUCUGUUCAAGUAUUUCUAAUUCAGGCAAGCUCAAAGGACACUGGAUACCUGUAUGCAGCAAUACAUCACCGCCUUGUGGCAUUGCGAAGCUUUGCUGAGCAAGAGCCAGAUGCUAAUCAAGUAGACACAGAGUCAGAAAUAGCUUUUCAGCCAUUAAACUGUGAUAGCGAUGAUGAAGAUGAUGAAAAAAUAACCCAAGUGAGCAGCAGUGGAUCUG